GUCUAUAUGUUUGCCAUCUUGUUAUGCUAGCGCCCGCGGGUCACUCACGCUGAAUAUGGAGUGUGUAUGAUAAAUAUGAUGAACAUCUGCAGGUGUGUGUGCAGGUGUCGGUCCACAGUGGCGAUGGGAGUCUUCUCACGAGCUUUAAUCGCUCCAUGGCUGUGAUUGUGUGUGUUUUCAGAGCUAACAGCUAACAGCUCAACUCUCGCGCUAGUGUUGCUAUUAUUAUUAUUAAUAUUAUUAUUAUAGUUUUAUACCGUCAAAUGCACUGAGACCAGAGCAGCUCAUGAUGGCAGAAGAUGUUCAGCACCAGCAGAAGUCCAGCUUUAAUGGACUCAGUAAAUCCGCCAAAGCAGGAGCGUCGAAGAAGCUGGUCAUCAAGAACUUUAAAGACAGACCGAAGCUGACGGACUCCUACACUGAAGACACGUGGCUGAAGCUCAGAGAUGCUGUGAGCGCCAUUCAGAACAGCACAUCCAUCAAAUACAACCUGGAGGAGCUUUACCAGGCCGUGGAGAAUCUGUGUUCGUAUAAAGUGUCGCCGAUGUUGUACAAGCAGCUGCGUCAGGUGUGUGAAGAGCACGUGCAGGCACAGAUACACCAGUUCAGGGAAGAGUCUCUGGACAGCCUGUCAUUCUUGAAAAGGAUGAACCGCUGCUGGCAGGACCACUGCAGACAGACGAUCAUGAUCCGCAGUAUUUUCCUCUUCCUGGACCGAACGUACGUCCUCCAGAACUCACUGCUGCCGUCCAUCUGGGACACAGGGCUGGAGUUGUUCCGCACACACAUAGUGAGUGACGCAGCGGUUCAGAGCCGGACGGUGCAGGGGAUCCUGGAGCAGGUGGAGCGCGAGCGCAGCGGGGAGACGGUGGACCGCAGUCUGCUCAGGAGCCUACUGGGCAUGCUCUCUGACCUGCAGGUGUAUAAGGACUCAUUCGAGCAGCGAUUCCUAUCCGAGACGACCCGUCUGUACGCGGCUGAGGGACAGAGACUUAUGCAGGAGAGAGACGUUCCUGAGUAUCUGCAUCAUGUGGCGCGGCGUCUGGAGGAAGAGAACGACCGCAUCAUCAGCUAUCUGGACCAGAGCACACAGAAGCCGCUGAUCACCACCGUGGAGAAGCAGCUGCUGGGAGAACACAUGACCACCAUCUUGCAGAAAGGUCUGCGGACGCUGCUGGAUGAGAACCGUGUGUGUGAGCUGACGCUGCUCUAUGAGCUCUUCAGUAAAGUCAAAGGCGGCCUGACGGCACUGCUGCAGUCCUGGAGAGAAUACAUCAAGAGUGUUGGAGCGGAGACGGUGUGUUCUCCGGAGCGGGACAGGGAGAUGGUGCAGGAGCUGCUGGACUUUAAGGAUCAGAUGGACUCGGUGACGCAGAGCUGCUUCCAGAGGAACGACAGCUUCAUCAACACCAUGAAGGAGGCCUUCGAGAACUUCAUCAACCAGAGACCCAACAAACCAGCAGAGCUCAUCGCCAAAUAUGUGGACUCUAAGCUGCGAGCGGGAAAUAAAGAGGCCACAGAGGAGGAGCUGGAGAGAAUCCUGGACAAGAUCAUGAUCAUCUUCCGCUUCAUCCACGGGAAGGACGUGUUCGAGGCGUUCUACAAGAAGGAUCUGGCCAAGCGUCUGCUGGUGGGCAAGAGCGCUUCAGUGGACGCAGAGAAGUCCAUGCUCUCCAAACUCAAGCACGAGUGUGGAGCAGCGUUCACCAGUAAACUUGAGGGAAUGUUCAAAGAUAUGGAGCUCUCCAAAGACAUCAUGAUCCAGUUCAAACAGUAUAUGCAGAAUCAAACUGAGCCCAGCAACAUUGAGCUCACCGUCAACAUCCUGACUAUGGGCUACUGGCCCUCGUACACACCGAUGGACGUCCAUCUGCCUGCUGAGAUGGUGAAGCUGCAGGAGGUGUUUAAGCUCUUCUAUCUGGGUAAACACAGCGGACGGAAACUACAGUGGCAGCCGACACUCGGACACGCAGUGCUGAAGACUGAGUUUAAAGAGGGUAAGAAGGAGCUGCAGGUUUCUCUGUUCCAGACUCUGGUUCUGCUGAUGUUCAAUGAGUCUGACGAGUGUUCAGUGGAGGAGAUCAGAGUGGCUACAGGCAUCGAGGAGGGCGAGCUGAAGCGUACGCUGCAGUCUCUGGCGUGUGGUAAAGCUCGAGUGCUCAAUAAGACCCCUCGAGGGAAAGAGGUGGAGGACGGAGACCGCUUCCACUUCAACAGCGACUUCAGACACAAACUCUUCCGCAUCAAGAUCAACCAGAUCCAGAUGAAGGAGACGGUGGAGGAGCAGGUGAGCACCACAGAGCGUGUGUUUCAGGACCGUCAGUAUCAGAUCGACGCAGCGGUGGUGCGCAUCAUGAAGAUGAGGAAAACACUCAGCCACAACCUGCUGGUGUCAGAGCUCUACAACCAGCUCAAGUUCCCUGUCAAGCCGGCGGAUCUGAAGAAGCGCAUCGAGUCGCUCAUUGACCGGGAUUAUAUGGAGCGCGACAAAGAAAACUCCAACCAGUACCACUAUGUGGCGUAGGAGAAGCCGGCGCUGACCUUUGACCCCUGCUGACCGUCCCCUCAGGUCAUGUGACGCCACAGACGCUCGGCACUCUGGGACGGAGAGCAGCUUCAGCAUGAUGCAGAAUGAUUCACUAAAGAUGCACUUUCUGUCACUUCCUGUGUGUUUGUGCUCUGACUCUUCAGUUUAGUGUGUGUGUGUGUGUGUGUGCGUGUGUGUGUGUGUGUGUGUGUGUGUGUGUGUGUGUGUGUGUGUGCGCGCGCAUUUGUGCUUGUGACCGUGUGUGAGAGUGUGUGUUGGUAUCUCUGUGUGUGAGCUGUGAGGGCGUGUUUGUGUGCGUGUGUGUGUGCUGGUGUGUUCAAUGAUGUGUGUGAGUGACACUCAUGCUUCAGGGUUUGUCAUUUCCCCUCUAAUGCAGCAGAAACCAGACAGGAUUACACACACACACACACACACACACACACACACACAUACACAUACACAUAAUCAUCAUAAUGGAUUGAAUGAUUUAGUGUGUGAGUGUAUGCGUUUCUGUGUGUGUGUGUGUCUGUGUGUGUGUGUGCGUGCGUGCGUGCGUGCGUGCGUGCGUGCGUGCGUGCGUGCGUGCGUGCGUGCGUGCGUGCGUGCGUGCGUGCUUGCUUGCGUGUGCGUGUGCGUGUGUGUGUGUGUGUCUCAUCACCUGUAUUCUGUCACAUAUACAGUUUUGUAGAGCAGAAGAUUCUAUUCUUUGUAAGUGGACAGAGAUAUGAAAGAAUAAAUCAUAUUUAAUUAA